AUGGAUCCUGUGGCAGACUUGGAGCUCCGAUCUGUGGACCUGCAGACUCCCAAGAACAACAAGGACCACCACACGCAGGAAAUGGGCGUGAAGCAUCUCAUCCUGCGCAGAGGCCAGGCCUUCAACAUAAGGCUAAAUUUCAACCGACCCUUCCAGCCUCGGAAGGACCACAUCACCUUUGUGGCUGAGACUGGACCCAAGCCCACGGAGCUGCUAGGGACACAAGCUAUAUUCUCAUUCAACCAGACCCAGACCCAGCAUGGCAAUGUCUGGAGUACUUCUGACUUCAUCUUGGACUCCAACUCUCUCCAAGUCUCCAUUUUCUCAUCGGCCAGUGCAGUUAUUGGCCACUACAUGCUGAAGCUAGAGAUCUCUCAGGGCCAGGGUCAUAGUGCAACUUACCCAGUAGGGGCUUUCAUCCUGCUUUUUAAUCCCUGGAGUCCAGAGGACGAUGUCUACCUACCAAGUGAAAUACUGUUACAGGAGUAUAUUAUGAGUGAUUAUGGCUUUGUUUACAAGGGCAAUAAAAGUGCUAUUACCUCCUGGCCCUGGAACUAUGGUCAGUUUGAAGAGGGCAUCCUAGACAUCUGCUUUGAGAUCCUGAACAAGAGUCUGUAUUUCUUAAUGAACCCAUCCAAGGACUGUUCUCAGCGGAACAACGUGGUGUACGUGUGCAGGGUGGUGAGCGCCAUGAUCAACAGCAACGACGACAAUGGGGUGCUGCAGGGGAACUGGGGAGAAGACUACUCCACGGGCAUCAGCCCGCUGGAGUGGAACGGCAGUGUGGCCAUCCUGCGACAGUGGUCAGCUAGUGGCGGGCAACCGGUGAAGUAUGGACAGUGCUGGGUCUUUGCCUCUGUGAUGUGUACUGUAAUGCGAUGCUUAGGUGUUCCAACGCGAGUGGUUUCCAAUUUCCGCUCUGCACACAGCAUGGAUGGAAAUUUGACCAUCGACACCUACUAUGAUCAGAAUGCAGAGAUGCUGCCAACUCAGAAACCAGACAAAGUAUGGAACUUCCAUGUCUGGAACGAGUGCUGGAUGAUCCGGAACGACCUCCCACCAGGCUACAAUGGGUGGCAGGUUCUGGACCCUACUCCUCAGCAAACCAGCAGUGGCAUGUUCUGCUGUGGCCCUGCCUCUGUGAGGGCUGUCCGGGAAGGGGAUGUCCACUUGGACUAUGACACCUCUUUAGUGUUUGCUGAGGUGAAUGCUGAUGAAGUCAUUUGGCUUCUUGAGAAGGGCCAGGCCCAAGAAAUCCUUGCCCACGACACCAGUUCCAUUGGGAAGGAGAUCAGCACCAAAAUGGUAGCAUCAGACCACCGCCAGGACAUCACCAACUCCUACAAGUAUCCAGAAGGGUCUCCUGAGGAACGGUCCGUCUUCAUGAAGGCAUCCAGAACACUGCUGGGACCCCAAAGGGCCUCUUCAUCCCUCCUGGAUCUCCUGGGGUCCGGGGAGUUUGAGGAUCCGCCCGUGCGGCUGCAGCUUCACCUGGCCAGGACGCCGGAGUGGGGCCAGGACGUGCUGUUCAUCCUGCAUGUCCAGACAGUUCCGGACAGAGCCCACACGCAGGCGCCCAUCAGGCUGCUGGUGCACUUCUGCGCGCAGGCCCUGCUGCAUGGAGGCGGCGCUCGACCCCCCCUCUGGAGGCAAAUGGUGGACUUGAAUGUGGAUGUUGGGAAGGAGAUCCAGUCACUACUCCUGCUGCCCUACAGCAAUUACAGAGAAAAGCUGACAGACGAGAAGCAGAUCCGAGUGUCCGGCAUUGCCAAGGUUGAAGGGACAGGGCGAAACAUCCUGGUUCUAAAGGACUUCUGUCUGCAGCCCCCUCGCCUGACUAUUGAGGUGUCUGAGAAGGCUGUGGUGGGCAAGAUCCUGAGAGUCCACAUCACUCUUACCAACACCCUCACUGUGGCCCUGGCGAACUGUGUCAUGGUACUGGAGGGAAGCGGCCUCCUCAGUGGGCAGAUCUCGGAAAACUUUGGAACACUGAGCCCCGGGCACACCAUCAAAGUUCAUCUGGAGCUGUACCCCAUCAAAGCUGGACCCCGCCAGCUCCAAGUCCUCAUCAGCAGCAAUGAGGUCAAGGAGAUCAAGGGCUACAAGCGCAUCUUUGUUGCUGAAGCUACCACUUCCUGA